CAAUCUGGUGCACACCUUUAAUGCAAUCAUUGCUUUAUCUGCGAAUUUCGGCUCAAGACACCUCAAUGCAGGUGAAAAGACACCUCAGAUCAUAAGUGUGAUGCUACAUGAGGACCGAUGGUGCAGGCCGAUUUCGGCUUUGGAGGUGGUUGGCACGAAGCCAAGACCGAGGAGUGCGACACUAAAAGCACCUAGGACCCACGAGUAGUCAAAAACAAGACGAAUCUUUUUUCUGCAACUCUUUGGGAGGGAUUUCACAACUCCUUGCAAGGGAUUGACUUGCUAUCUGAGGAAUGGGAUGUCCGCAGCUCAAGGUCCACAUCAGCAGGAUCUACGCAAUCUUGGAGUUUACCUGGGUUUUCCAAUGCCACAGAGACCGAUCUUUCUUCGGACUCCGUUUGUAGCUUUCCUCAAACGAUGAACCAUGCAUUCUUUCGGCUGCACCGUCGAUCUGCUGCAGUGAACAAGAUCAAAGCGAAGGUUCCAAAUCUGUACGAGAGCAAAGGUGUUUACAACUGCUUGGAGCAAGAGAUUUGGCCCAACCGGAAGGUGACCACCUAUCAGCGGUGUUUCGGCGCCAAAGCAAGGGUCCGCCCCCAGCGAGGCUCCUUCGGCCCGAAAGGAGCUGAGCUUCCGUCCCGAAAGGCAGAGAUUCUUGCAACGCCUGGAGCCUUGCCUGGAGCGCCUGGUACUCCUCUUGGCGAAGACCCGGUGCAUGUGCUUUCUGCGGCCAUUGCAUCCCAAAAAAGCCAUAGAUCUGAUCAGAAGAGCGAGAUGAGUCCCCCGGUAUCUGAGUUGGGUUCGAUUCCCCUGUGUAGUAUUUUUUCCUCAAUGAGCCGGCCAAGCCCAAGCAGCCCAAGCCGCCCAAGCCGACCUUCGAGCUUACGACCCAAGAGUGCCUCAAGUGCGAGCGCGUCUCGCUCGAGAGGAUCAGCCUCAGCCUCGGCACUACGUCCAAAGUCGGCCAUGCCACGCUGCGGCGCUUCCGCCACGGCUUCCACGCCUUCCACGGCUUCCACUUCGCGCGUGUGCUGGGCAGCGACGUCCUUGACUGCCGGAUCUUGCACUCCAUCCACUCCACGUGGGAAAGAGAAUCAAGAAAACGAGACUCCUGAGACGGCAAAGCUGGAGGCAGAGACAGCACAAAACGAGAAGCCAAGAGGAAGUGAUCUUGGCUUCGUUGUGAGGAACCGAAGUAGAGUGAGGCAUGUGGGCUGGAUGAGCUGGAUUGAGUAGGACUCGGACCGAUGGUCUGAACUGACAAGACUGUAGAUAUCCGUAGAUAGGUAGGUGAGCCUCGGUCGCUCAGGCUGCUAAGAGUGGCCUUCGAGGCGUAUUCAACAUUGCUUGGUGAAAGCAUCAUGUUGGAUGAACGACGCCAGGUAAGGUUGCUUUCAAUCUCUUGGGUGAACCACUCUCUUCUUUGUGGGCCGAGGAAGGGACGCUUUGUCGUCCUU